AUGUCCGAGUUCAUGUUUUUGUCGAGUAAAUAUUAUCGACGCGUUUGUUACUUUGCAAAUUGGGCAAGAUGGCGGCGGGGGAUAGGGAAGCACACGCCAGCAGACGUGGACCCUUUUCUCUGCACACACAUCAUCUUCGCCUUCGCCAAGUUCCGGUCGGACGGACGGAUUCUCCCACAGGAACCUGGACCAGACGAACAAGAGUACGGUUAUAGAGCAUUAGCGAAUUUGAAACAACAAAACAGAAAUCUCAGGUUGCUGCUGGCAUUUGGUGGGUGGAAUUUUGGAAGUCGGAAAUUUUCUAAUAUGGCUGCCAGCUCCCGCGCGAGAGCGAGGUUCGUCCACAGUGCGGUUCUGUUUUUACGAAAAUACGGCUUUGAUGGACUCGACAUUGACUGGGAAUACCCUGCUAUACGAGGAGGAAGAUCAGCAGACAAACAAAACUUAGUUGUCCUGUGCAGGGAACUUAUUGCUGCAUUUGCAUCUGACGCUGCCCGUGGAGGAAGUGAACGUCUGCUCCUGAUAGCUGCUGUUCCAGCCAGUCCGCAGAAAGCUUCCAUAGGUUAUGACGUACCUGCCUUGAGCAAAUACCUGGACUUCAUCAACUUGAUGACGUAUAACUUCCAUGGUAGCUGGGAACGGAAGACAGGGUUUAACAGUCCUUUGUAUUCCUCAGUCAGUGAUGCUAAUCGCAUUCUCAAUAUGGACGCAGCUGCAAGAUGGUGGCACAAAGCCGGGAUGCCUAAGAAUAAAAUAACAAUCGGGAUGGCCACUUACGGAAGAACUUUCACCCUGAGUAACCAACGUGAUAACGGAGUAGGGGCCUCAGCGUUCAAUGGACCAGCGGGUCUCGUGACUCGUCAAAAGGGCUUCUGGUCAUACUACGAGAUAUGUCAAGAAAUUCAACGAGGCGGGGGCAGGGUGGUGCUUGAUAACAUCCAAAAGGUACCCUAUUACGUAAAGGGACCAUUGUGGAUCAGUUACGACAACGAGUGGAGUCUUCGGAUAAAGGUAAACGAUGCCACUUCCAAAGCUCAUCUGAUCAAAUGUAACAAAGCUUGUAACAUCUAG